GCAGAGAGGGAUGGAGGACACUGAGUGAAGGCCAGUGGAGGGAUUGGCAGAGAGGGGUGGAGGACACUGAGUGGAGGCCAGUGGAGGGAUUGGUAGAGAGGGGUGGAGGACACUGAAUGGGAGGACAGUGGAGGGAUUGGCAGAGAGGGAUGGAGGACACUGAUUGGAGGUCAGUGGAGGGAUUGGCAGAGAGGGAUGGAGGUACUGAGUGGAGGCCAGAGAGGGAUGAAGGACACUGAGUGGAUGCCAGUGGAGGGAUUGUCAGAGAGGGGUGGCAGAUACGAGGGGUGGAGGAUACUGAGUGGAGGUCAGUGGAGGGAUUGGCAGAGAGGGGUGGCAGAUACAGAACGGUCGGCCAAUGAGGAGGGAGUUACAAUAGUCAAGGCGAGAUAUAACCAGGGAGGG